GGUGGAAUUAAUCACGUAAUCAUGUCUGAAUAGGGCUGUUGCUGUAUGUUUUAAUAGCUUAUAGAUUGGCAGUCUUCUUACCAAACAGCACCAACUGGUUCUUUGCUUUUAAAAAGGUUUGUAAAUUUGCAUAGCCUUGCUUAACAUUAAUGACUUCGGAUUUUUUUUGUUUGUUUUUUUGAGGAUUUUUUUUGUGUUUAAAGUAUAGAAGUCUCACUACUACAUUCAUUUAUUUGCCAGAUGCUUUCAUCCAAAGUGACUUACACCCAAGUCUUUCUUGUCGCUUGUUUUAGUGUGCGUGUUCCUGCGUCUACACUACUGAAAUGUACAAAAGGCCUGACUCAUCUGAGUGUAAUGUGAAUCUCUCUAUGGGCUGGACUCCUACAAAAACUAGUUAUCCCACUAGUGAGCCACACCCUCUGUUUCUGCCAGUCUACACCAUGCACUGCUUAUACCUGCAGUAACUCUUCAAUAAGUGAGCUGAUCCUGCAGGCUGAACGGAGCUGAGCUAAUCCAAGAGCAAGAAAAGGCAUUGAGGUCUGUUCUCCAGCAGGUUGCUGAGCAAGUUAAGAAGGCUUAUGUUUCGUUAACAGGAGAGAAAUCAUGUCCCAGUAUUUCUCAGUGCUGGAGGAUGGAGCGUUGGCACAUAACUUACAGGAGCAGGAAAUUGAACAGUACUACAGUUCCAACAUUCAGAGGAACCAACUAGUUCAGAAAGACAUCCGUGUAGCCAAGAGGCUGCAAGAUGAGGAGCAACAAAGAGCUCAAAGCCUUCAUGAGCAAGCCACUCGUCAACUGGAAGAGCAAGAUUCAGAGUAUGCCCGCAGGAUUCAAGAGGAGCUCCAGCGUGCUGCUGAAGAAGAGAGGAAGAGGGAAGAAAAAGAUGAGGAAAUAGCUAAACGAAUACAGGAAGAGGAAGAGCUAUAUGUCAGACAGAGGAACAGCUGCCGAAGGACAGAUGGCGGAGAGAACGGCAGCACCAUCGGCUCGCCAAACACACUUCAGCCUAGUCGGCCCGUCUUCAGUGAAGAGGAAGAGUUGGCCUGGCAUAGCCGGGUGCACUCUCCCUCUCCUUCCACUUCAGACUAUGAGGCAGACCACUGUGAACGCAGGAGGCCUUUUAAUAGGGAGUGUGCAGACAGUGUUGAGCAGAGACAUCAGCCUUUGCGUGAGUUGCCACUCAGAAGACGAUCAGGACAAAGCCGCAGUAGCUUUGCCAGCCAGAGCAGCACAACCGGACGUCAUCUGGGAGGAUGGAGCGACGUUGUCCGGCUCAUAAAGAAUGACCUCACUGAGCAGGGCUAUCUCAGUUACAGUUCUGAAGACGAGCUCUUUGAACCCGUCUAUAAACUGGAGAGAAUCCUGAGCCGGCGCCAGCAGGGAUCGGAGUGGUGCGGUGAGCAGGGGACAAGACUGCCUCACCACAGCAGUAUGAGAGAGGGAAACGGUCGAAUGUGGCAGGGAGACCGAGUGGGCCGAUUGGAAAGAUAUAGGCACUCAGACUACAGGGACAGCGGAAGUGUGAGAUCAGAGAGCAGGCUAGUGAGACGUUACAGCAGUAGCGACUGUAAAUCAGGGAACGGACAAAGACGUGUACGCUUUCAGGAUGACCAGGGGCGCCAUAACUUAAAUCAUGGUGGAAAGAGAGAAAUAAGAAGGUGUACCAUGAGAUCCUAUCAAGGCGAUAUUCAGGUAGACAGAAGAACAUCAUUGGGUGAAGUAAACAGAACUUACAGACAUGAGGCUAAUGGAGUGAGGAACUCCUUGUCACAGGAGAUAAGGGAAGAAGAAGAAGAUUGUGGCAGGCUCAGAGAGAGAGGAAGGUGGGAAGGAGGCAGCUGCAGGGUUCGGGCAGAGCAUAGGCCAAGAGCACACUCUCUCAGGGAGGAGUGGAGGCAGGAGGGGAGAGAGAGCAGACGAUACCGUGAAGAACCUAGCAAGAGACGCGGAAGGAGUGAGCGAUGGCAGGGUAAUCAGGAGGACAGGUCGAGUACUGAAGAUGAAGAGGUGGACAGGGAAAGGGAGAGAAGAAGGGAGGAGACUCGAGCGCCAAGACACCCCCAGCGCAGCCUCAGUGCGUCUUGCAGAGGGUGCUCUUCUGGAGCAGGGCCGAGGGUGAACAGGCCCUCUCUGGAUUUGGGUGAUCUCAGGCAGGUCCUGCAGGAUGAAGAACUUGCCCGCAGGCUACAGGCAGAGGAAGAGGAGUUGCUCAGAGGGGAUCUUGCAUCUGCCUCUGCUUUAGAGAGAUCUGACUCAAAAGGAGACUUCACAGUAGCACAGGUUGCUCAGGAUGAGGAGAUUGCUCGCUUCAUGCAGAAGCAAGAGAUAAAGGCUCAGCUGCGGGCUCAAGAGCUGGAGGAUUGUGGCUCUGGGGGAGAGUACAGAGAAAUGAGGCAUGUGUAUGACAACACAGAGGUCUAUGACAGACAGAUGCCGAGGGAGAGACUGAACUCGGAGGGGCUUGUGUCUCCUGGUGGUGAGUGCUCUCCUGAACACCAACCCGCAAGUCCAGUCACUUUGGCAGUGCAACAGCAUCCCUUCAGGAAUAUCGCUGAGGAACUGGAUCCCACCUUUCAAAGGAAGGAGAAUGUGCGAGCAGGACAGAGUAUUUCUGGCACCUGCCAAAUCCAAACUACACCACAGGCAUGUGAGGAGCCUGCAUUUGUGGCACCCACUAAGCGGCAAAAUGACAAGCCAGGACGCGCAAAGUCGAAAGAGAAAAAGGAGAAUUCUAAAUCAAAAGAAAACUGUAAGCAGCAGUGACGAUGCCACUGACCUUGUGCUGUUAGUUGUGUUAUUACUGAACACAUCAAUGCGAGCAGUUGUACACUCCAGCAACAGAUAACUGCAGGGGCAUGUGAGAGUGAUUAAUGGCUUUGUUUUCCACCACCUUUUACAUUUGCUUUCCUUGGAAGGUUUGGGGUUAGUUUGUUCUCAAAAUGAUGCUACCAGGAUGGCAUGCAGGCCCCAGUGAUUCAUAUGGGAUACUAUACACAGACAUAAAGCUAUUUAUAUUUUGUCUCCAGGAGAUCUGGUAAUAAUCCAGUGUGCUUUUCUGUCAGGCAUGUUUUAAUUUUUAGCACAUUGUGCACCUGGCCAGGGAACAGAAAUAGGCCCUAGGGAUGAGGGGGUCUGUGAAACAGACUCUAACAUGAAUUUUUCAGUUAAAACAAAACAUUUUUCUGAAUUCACAUUACUCACAUUCUCAGUGUAACAAAAAUAGACUAGCAAUUAAAAUAGCAAUUUUUGAUCCAACCCUGGCUCAGUAGUGUUUUCAGUUUCCCCAUGCUUGCUGUGUGUCUUUAUCUACACUGGAAGUGCAGCUUUUUUCAAUUUGUAAAAUAUGCAGCGUAUUGUACCGUUUGUUUUCUUCUUACGUUUACAGAACUGCUAUUGUAGUAUAGCACUAAUGUAGUAUAUACACUAAUGUAGUAUAUACACUAAUGUUUGACAAGGUUGCCCUUUCAUUGUGCUUCUGUGACAAAAUACAGUCUAAAACCUUCUUCAAAAAUAGUUCUCAAUUUAGAAAUGAUGGAAUACGCACAACUGUUUUUCAAUACUGUUACUGUCUGGAGCUCUUUCGUGAAUCAUGGACCUCUACACUAAGUUAUUGAGUCUGAAAUAUUAAAACAUGUAAAGAAUU